GCGAGACACGUAGUGCACAUACACAUGGCGUAUUCAGACAGUGACGCUCUUUCUGCAAAAAUAUUGUUGACAUUUGACAUUAAUGCUAAACAACCGUUCAAUUACGAGAAAUUCCAAACGCUCUGUGUCCGAAUGUUUAGCGAAGAUGAAGUCGAGCAGAAUGAGUUGAGGGUACGAGAGAUCUUUGAGUUAUUUGACGCAAAUGCGGACGGUGUGCUGAGCAACAAGGAACUGUAUAGAUGUUGUAUGUGGAUACAUACGAUUAUGAAUCCCAUCAAUGUUUUGCUAGUCGUCGAUGUACAGAACGAUUUUAUUGAUGGCACGCUGGCACUUCGAAAACUAAAUGACUUUGGGCAAGAGGGAUUGGAAGUAGUGGAACCGAUAAAUCGGCUUUUGAGGGAGGGUCACUGGGACGAAGUGAUAUAUACACAGGAUUGGCAUCCCGAGAAUCACAUCAGCUUCUUUGACAAUUUGGCGAUGCGCGAACUUCAUCCGACAUCUGAAGUCACUAAGGAAACAGCGAAACCCUUCGACACUGUUGUUUUUUUGCAAUCUCAUGUAAUACAAGUACUUUGGCCAAGACACUGUGUUAGGAACACCUGGGGCGCUGAAUUGCAUAAAGAUCUGCUAAUAUUGCCUUCUUCCAAACGGCUAUAUAAAGGUCAGGAUCCAGAUAAAGAAUCAUAUUCAGCAUUUGAAAAAGAUGCACAAAGCUCCAUAAAACUUGAAGAAAUAUUGUUGGCCGUUGGAGCUACGCUCUUAUUUGUCUGUGGACUCACCUAUGAUAUAUGCGUAAAGGAGACAUGUUUGGAUGGUUUGCGAUUGGGUUAUCCUGUAGCUGUGAUUGAAGAUUGCUGCCGUAGUACAAAACCCAAUGAAAUAACGACUGAAUCGUAUAUUGAAAAUGGCGCACUAGUGGCACGUUCUGAUCGCAUACUGUCCUUGGUGAACGAACACAAACAUAGUCUGGUGAUGGCGCAUCACGCCGCAAAGAGUAUAAGUAAAUUAAACUUUUAAGCGAAACCUAUUCAUAGGUUCAUUAUAUUAUGUAAAAACAUUUCUUAAAAGAUAACGACUAUUUUUUGUCAAAUCUAACAAAAUCUAAAGUUGCUUAAAAUAGA